AUGCCUUCCCGUCCAGUCUCAGAAAUUGAGUCACCCUAUCAAAAGUUUACGAUUAACCUAAAUGAUGAAUUCAUUAACGAAGAAGAAGAAUUCGACCGCGUACUUAUGACGAUGACUGAUCGAGGUGGUAAUAUUCUCUAUGAAAGUGAAGGUCUACCAUUCCUAGACGAAAUUGUCCGGCAGAACGAUGUCGAAAACCUCAAGCAAUACUUUACUCGUGCACCUUGGGCCGUCCCAAAGCUUCCGAAUGGUGAGGGACAUCUUAUAGAUCAAACAGAUCACUUCCUCCUGGCUGUCAAAAGUGGAAGCCUGAAUGUACUUCAAUGGCUUCUGACCAACGCCACAAGAGACACAAAUUUCACUAGGCCAAUAAGGUUUAAAGAGCGUGGAUUCCAACUGUUGAACGAAGCUGCCAGAUACGGACAUUUAGAGAUGGUGCAAUUUCUACUCGACAAUCAGCCACUGUAUGCCAGUAUACAAGAUCGGGAUACCAAGGGCUACACUGCCAUACUGUCAGCUACUGAUGUCUAUUCAGACAGGUACUGCUACACAGCCGAAUGGGAUAAAGUCUGCUUGCAGUGCAACGAGGCGAUAAUUAAUCUACUGCUGGAUCGAGGAGCCUGUGCUUCUGAUACUAUCCUUCCAUUGACUGAUGUUGAGAAGACCCCAGAUACGGUUCUGACUUUGGUGGUGAAAUGGGCAGGCCCUGACUUGAUCAAGCGACUCAUUGAUUGCGGUGCCGAUGUUCAUGCUACUGUAACAAAAUGGACAAUGAAUGUCAACCUCAGGAGUUCUGCUACUAUUUCUGGGGUCAACGCGCUCGCCAUCGCGUGUUACCAUGCAAACUUCAACGCCGUCAAGACUCUGAUUGACUGUCGGGGUGAUGGGGCUGAUGCUAGGAGCAUGGCGUGCUUUCGAGACAGUUUAGGAGGCCUCCCUCUCCACUGGCUAACUCGAAAUCAAUUGCCAGAUGAGUUGGAAUACAUUCCAGAACCAAUGCUACAUGAAAGGGUGCAGAAUAUCACUAGCCUUAUUGAACUUCUUCUCGACCUGGAUUCCACUGCAGUCAACAUGCAAGACGGGGAUGGAUUUACACCUUUACAUUACGCCACGAAAACCUUUGGUCGAAACAGCAAGUUAUACACUCCCAUCUUCGAACUCUUAUGUAAGAGGGGCGGGGAUGCUAGUAUACGCAACAAUAAAGGCGAGACCCCUCUGCAUACCUUGUUCGGCAGGUGUAUGACCAAAGUACCCGUCGACCCAGCUGCUAUAUCCGUUUUAUUCGCCCACGGUGCCAAGGUUACAGACACUGUUGCUGGUAAUACAGCCUUGCAUAUCGCUGCCGGAAACCACCAUUUUGCCGAUACCGUAUCGCUGUUGCUUGAUCACGAUGCAGACCCAGCGGUAAAGAAUUUGUUCCAAGAGACAGCUCUCCACCGGGCUGCUUCUGGUCGUUCCUGGCCAAGCGGAGUUGUUAAUAUCACUGAGGAAAGAAUGAGAUUGCAAGAGGAUAUGCUGGCAAGACUAGUAAAAGCUGGAGGAGGUGAAUUGAUGGAUGUCCCAGAUGCGCAUGGCGACACUCCACGACAAAUAUCUGAAAGAAGAAGAGAGAAUUGGAGAACUGCUGACUUACCUCGUGAGCCCCUUGAGCAACCGCAAUCUUCUGAUGGGCGUUCGUGCUGGGGUUCUAGAAGGGGACGGCCUGGACGCGGAGGUGCACGGGGCCGAGGAAGGGGUUGA